AUGCAUCCAGCUCCAGCGACGUGGGCCGUGAUGCCGCGCUGUUAUAUGGUAAAGAAGAGCAAACAGCGGCACAAUGGCCCGCCGCUCUACAGCCCCACCGAUGCCAGCACGGCACCUCCUUGCUACAACGCGACGAGGAGGACCUCCACGGUUACGAGUGAUGAUCAAGUGGAACCUCCUGAACCAAUCCCGUACAGACAAUUUCUGGAGAGGACUCCUGAAGACACUCAAGCUGCGCUCGACCUAUUGUCGUUUGCCCACGGCUGCUCUUACCAGGAGCCGCCACAGCCAACAUCGCCACAACCGCAGCCUUCGCCACCACCUGCCCUGCAGCAAUUCGCUCCAGCGCCCUAUGCCCUGGAGCCCAUAGGUCCUGAGCCGCCCAUAGCCCCGGAGCCCAUUGAUCUGGAGGCAUAUGCGCCCAUGCCAUUUGGCACGGAGAACAUUGCCCCGGAGCACGAAGCUCCGCAAAUCUUUAUCCCGGAGCACGGAGCUCCGCAAAACUGCAUCCCGGAGUUUAGAGCUCCGGACAACUUCGCCCCUGCGCCUUUUGCGCAGGACUCCUAUAUUAUUCCCGAGGCAUUUGUCCAAGAGGCUUAUGUCCCGGCACAACCGCAGUAUAUACCGCAACCAGAACCUUAUGUAACUCAAACCUAUGUACCGGAGCAAUUUGCGCCGGAAGGCACCGCUCCGGAGCAGUUCGUUCCACUGAUGCAGCCCGAUCCACCGGUUGUCCCCGUCUACACUUACACUUUACAGCCAACUAAUAUCUUCAUUAUAACUGAAGAACAUACCGAACCAAACUAUCAACCAGCGCCGACUGUCCCAAACCCCCCACCUUUCGAAUACAUGGUGGAAUCCCCAGUGUAUGUUGUAGAUCAGAACCUCAUGUAUAGUCCUAUCCCUGCAGAUGCGCAGGUCCAGUUCGUGGAGCCGAUAGCGAUCCCUAUACUUGUGGAAACGGUGCCGGUGCCGGUGCCGCAAGUAGUGCCGCCGCCGCCGCCGCCGCCGCCGCAAGUAGUGAUGCAGCCGUCGCUGCCUCCCGUCCAGCCGCAGCAGUUGCCGCGGUUGCCAAAGCUGCAAGCCAGGCCUGCGACUUCAACUGGACCAAAAAUCAAGUCCAAUCCGGCAAUGGAGCCGGGAGAGGUAAGGCAACCUGCCUCCAGAGAUAAAUCCAUCAAAUACGACUGUGACGAAUGUGGCAAACAGUAUGCGACUUCGUCAAAUCUAUCACGGCACAAGCAAACUCACCGAAGUCUAGAUUCAGGCGCAGCAAAGAAAUGCGAGCAAUGUGGGAAAGCUUACGUGUCGAUGCCGGCUUUGGCGAUGCAUAUCCUCACACAUAAAAUGGGGUACACUUGUAAAGAAUGUGGGAAACAUUUUUCGCGACCGUGGCUCCUUCGUGGUCACGCACGUUCUCACACAGGCGAGAGGCCCUACGACUGCCCUAUGCCCGGUUGUCGCAAGGCGUUCGGAGAUCGCUCCAACCUUCGCGCGCAUCUUCAAACUCACUCAGUUGAGAAGAAGUUUGGGUGCUGCCGCUGCGAUAAAACUUUCGCUCUCAAGAGCUAUCUCCUGAAACAUCAGGAGUCGGCGUGUUACCAACCGUGCUAG